AUGAUUCUAAUUUUCUAUCUAUCUAUCUAUCUAUCUAUCUAUCUAUCUAUCUAUCUGUCUGUCUGUAUUGACAAGAAGAAUAAAUCAUAUUUACUAUCUCUUAUUGGACUUGUUUAUUAUCUAUGUAUUGCAUACAAUUUAUAUCUAUGUCUUACUGUUUAUACUGAUCUAUCAUACCAUUACUAUCUAUGCCAUUACUAUUCUAUCUUUCUACCUCAUAAUGUUCAUAUCCAUUAUCAUAUCUAUCUUUAUCUAUCUAUCUAUCUAUCAAAACCUGUUUCUUUUCUAUUGAUUUAUCUCUAUCUAUCUCAUCAUCUUAUCUAUCUGUUCAUCUAUCUAUCUAUCUAUCUAUCUAUCUAUCUAUCUAUCAAAACCUGUUCCUAUCUACAGGUGUUAUUUUCAUUUUUGUGUAAUUCAAAUGACAAUUUAUCCAUCGCACAAUCUAUCUAUCUAUCUAUCUAUCUAUCUAUCUAUCUAUCUAUCUAUCUAUCUAUCUAUCUCAUACUGUUCCUAUCUAUUUAUCUAUUAAAAAGAGACAAAAAAGAAAAAAGGCUAUACAUAGAUAUAUUUUACUGUUUCUAUAUAUCAAUGUCUUGUCUGUUUUUGUAUCUAUCCUUCUUAUUCUGUUCCUAUCUAUCUACAUACAUGUCCACACACUAUCUAUCUAUCUAUCUAUCUAUCUAUCUAUCUAUCUAUGUAUCUAUGUAUCUAUCAAUUACACUUACUCUCCACUGCAAUUAG